CACAGGGUCACACGUCAUUUGACUAAACUUACUUUAAGCACUCUGCAUAAUUUUAAUGGAAUAAUGCAAACUUCUCAUAAUUAGAAAUCAUUGAAAUCUCAUGCAUUGGCUACAUUAGAAGAAAGUAUGGGUCUUUUUUGGGGGGGAGGCUGUCACUUUAAAACAGUUUCUCUUUCCCCAGAGAAUCCCACAAAUGGCCCAAAUUACCUGCAGUUUCUUUUUGUUUUCAAUGAAAGCAAGGCCAGAAGUACUUUCAGGAGAGACAAUGGCCUGCUUUAAAAAUGACACAGCCUUCCUUUGAGAAAACUGGGCAUGUAGCCAUGCUGUCUUCAGGGAAGAUGGUGGUUCCCCAGUUGCAGCUCAGAAGAUUAUUUCAGCAAGAAGAAACACAUGACAGAAACAAGAUGUCUCAUGCUGAGAGGCCUCACCAUGAUAACCAGUACCAAUAUCAUGACAGCCACAGAUCUGACAGACACCAGGAGGAGAGAAGGGCUAAAAAGCCACACCCAUCCAAUGGAAGGUCAACACAAGGCACUCCGGGCAACCAACACUCAAGACCUUCUACUGCUUAUUCAGACCCGUACCAAAAAAACAUAGCAAUAACUCAUGAAUAUGUCAGCUAUCCACCACAUCUUAAUCCCCAGAAAGAGACCUUUUCAGAGAAAUGUAACAAGCUAUGCACGAGGAGAGGCGUUUUGAAGUUUGUUGAAAUUACUGUCAACAUUCUAGUGCUGAUCUGUGUUGGAGCCUCCCAUGCAGCGAUCGCAGGCUACAGUUCUAUGGGCGGCUUGGGAAUGGGGUCUUUCAACAUUAAUUCAUUUUACAGCCCAUUUGAAGGAUCUGAGUUCCAGGAGGUGAGAGACCUGGACAUGCAGUAUAGCCAGAUGAGAGCCCCAUGUGUGUAUGGGGGAGUGGCCUUCAGUCUGACAUUAACAACACUUACUCUCCUGUUCCUCAUCGUUGGGGCAAAACCCAUUCAUCGCGUCUCUGUGAGGAUGCUCGUGGCUGAAUGCGUCUUUGAUGCACUGGCUUGUAUGGGAUAUAUUGUGGCUGUUGGCCUUUACUUACACUUUAUCAUCCAGGUGAACUCCACAGACACAUGCAAGAAGAGGGAAAGACUGUAUGCACGCCGUGGAUACACCUGGAUGAACUGCGAGGUUCAGGGGGGUGAUGCAGCUGUCAGCCUAUUUGGCAUUAUUGCUGCUUGUCUGUACUUUGCAAGCUCUGUGGUCUGUGCACUCGCCGUUCGAACAGUACAGGCCUUUCGGAGACAGAUGACCAGGACUCAGUACAGCCCUGAGAACAGCUACAGAGAGAGAGAGCACCAAAAGAACUACAGAAGCCGAGAAAGCAUCCACAAUACCCAGACCAUAGCAACACUGGUGUAGAGUCUGUCAAGGAACUCAGCUCAGUGCCAGGUAGCAUAAAUGCCAAUGUUGGGCAGACACUGGAUCUGGUAUAUUUAAGGUUUUUGUUUUUUUGUUUUUGUUUUUUAAAUACAGAGCAUCUGUAUCAUACUGGCCAUACUGUACGCAUUUACAGCAUUAAUUGUUGAUUUUACAAUGGACUAAAAAGUUUUGUAUGUAACAAAGCUUACACUUUGAAGUAAUUGGCUCAACCAUCUAAAGUUAAAAUUUACUGUGACAGUCUGUUUUCAAUGUAAAAAUAUAUUUGGUUUCAACAGUUUAAGCUGCUUAGAGUAGGUCCAACUGAUUCUACUAAACAUUAGUAGCAAGUUAACUUUGGGGGAGCUGAACUGAUUAACAGUGCUGGACAUUAUUUUUAAAGAGUUUCCUUUGUAUAGAUAUAACCCCCAGUAGGAAUGUGGGGAUUUCUUUCCUCCUUCCCCUCUAGCUGACAAAUCUACAUAAAAGGUUAUUGUGUAUCAACACUUUUAGUUUAUGGAUUUAGGCCCCUAUUCAGAAAAGCAUGUGAGCACGUGCCUAACUUUAAGCUUGUGAGUAAGUCUUGUUGACUUCAGUGGGUCUACUAACAAAGAUAAGAAUGUUUUUGAGUAUCCCACUAACUCAAGGCCUAAACUACAACUAAGUUACGAAUAGCAGAAUUAUUCACUCACACAAAAACACACCUCAUUCGGAACCAGAAAUAUGCAUUCAUGAAGCAGCAAAGGCAAAAAAAGCAAAUACAGUACAGUGCUGUGAUUAAACAUAAACUAGCAAAAAAUGAAGGGAGAAUUUAAAAAAAUUGACCAGGUAAGGAAGCUUUCUGUGCUUGUUUAAAUUAAGGAGGGUUUAAAAGCAGCAUUUUUCUUCUGCAUAGUAAAGUUACCGCUAAGUUAGCAUUCAGCAGUAAACUUUUGAAAACCGUAUUUUUUUUUUCAGAAAUCUCAGAGGGGCAGCCCUGCGAGUCUGUAUCUCCAAAACCACCAAGGAAUCCUGUGGCACCUUAGAGACUAACAGAUUUCUUAGGGCAUAAUCUUUUGUUGGUAAAACCCACAGAUGAGUUGGAGUGGAAAUUAGAGGCAGGGGUAUAUAUAAGAGCAACAAAAGAAGUUUCUUGUCUAGUGUAAGACCCAUGUUAACGAGGCUAAUCAAGUCAGAGUGGCUGUGUCUCAUUCACAACAUUUGAUGCUGAGAUGUGAAUAUCAAGAGAGGAAAUUGCUUUUGUGGUGCAUUAACCAGUUAAAAUCCUUAUUCAGUCCUAAAUUGAUAGUAUUGAAUUUCAACUCAACUCCAGAAGCUCCAGGGGGUAGCCGAGGUAGUCUAUAAAGUGCUACCAGACCAGUUUUUGUCUUUUAAGUUUAUCCUGCACAGGCUAACAAAACAUGUAGAUGGUGUCUGCCUUUGUAAUCCUUGGAUUUAAAAUUAGCCAGGGUGUUUUCCUGGCAGGCAAGGAGGAGCAUUUCUAUACCUCCCCCCAUUAGCCAAUUAAACAGGAUUUUGCAUCCCUAAUCUGAUCCAUCUAUCCCAAGCUUUGAGCUCCAGUCACCUUACCCACAUCCAUGUUCCCUAUCCCCAUUGGUUAAGAGUCCCAGUCACCCUCUAGUAGGGCUAAUACAGGUAUAUAAAAGUGUCCAAGCAAAAAGGUCAAGUCUCUACAAUGUUUUUAUGUUUAAGGAAAAUAAUUUUGGUACAAAUCCCAGCAUAAAAUGCUUCCUUAGAACCUCAUUCUACUCUCCCUGAGGACAUACCUAACUCAAACCCCUGAUGCAUCAUAUUUCCUAUCCAUUAGAGCAGAUCUCUGAAUAGAUAAUUGUCUUCAAUUGGAUCAAUUUUUAAAUUGGGAACUCUCUCGGAUCACACCCAUUGUUGUAAUUCAGACAGUCCCCACAAUAGUUCAUAACAUUAAAUUCCCUAUGUAAAUUCAACAGUCUUCCUUCUGUUAAGUUCACUCCUUAGGAGCACUGACAAUCUCAAGCACAGGUGUCACGUCUCCUGUAUUGAAACCUGUGGAUGGCCAUCAAUACAUACAUUCGCCAAAAUGAGACUGGUUAUUCAAUCUCUAGCCAGUGUAAAAUGGCAGAACUCCUCUCCACACUUGAUAGAUCCUUCAUCCUUCCCUGGACAAUAGUAUCUGAGUUGGCAAGUCCAUAUUUGAAGAACAAGCCUGCUUUCCAUCCUGGAGAUACGGUGCUGUGAAAGUCUCAUCGCAGUGAAUCUGCGUACCUUAGAACAACAAAUAGGCAUGUUUUCAUUCACUCAUCUGAAAUUAUCCUCUCAUUGCAUGAUAAGGUCCAGAGAUCUGCCCCAGGCUGGAGACAAACAGAAUAUCCAGAAAUGGUCAUUGAAUUUUUGUUUCCAGGGUCUGCAGUAAGAUAAAUUAUGCUUUUCCCUCACUACAGUUUUUAAAAUUUGAAUUAUCUUUCAAUGGAAGUUCGUUCAACUGGAGAGGAAGCAGUGCACUCCCUGGGUACUUGUGACUUGCAGACCUAGUUCUUCCCCUCACACUGCAAGGAGGCUGUUGUACCCAUAAUAGCCAUCUACUUAAACUGCCUCUACAAAUAAACACAGAAAUGUUUUCCUGUUCUCUUUCAAUGUAUGCAUAUUAAUACAUAGUUGUCAGGAUUAGGGUACUAUGCCAGCUUUUUAAUGUGUUCUGGAAUAGUGUGUGCGUGUCUAAUGUGGAAAAAGUACUGAAUGCAACAAAUAAUUGUACAACACUGAAAAUUGCACUGAAAGUCUAGCAUAAGAGACUGGUUUACAAUUUGCAUCACUGAUACAUCUUUAAAUGAAAAUGUUUUUUAUUGUGUAAUGUAUCAAAGAACUGAUUGUAUAUGCAGACCCAUGUUAAUGAAUAAAGAAUAUCUUUCUCUCAUUUGUAAUCUUUCCCUUGUAUUUAAGCUAGCCUUUCUAUUCUUGCUUUUCUUCUCUAUUGAUCGUAUCAUUUUAUAUAUAAAACACACUGAUUAAGUCCUUUUAUUAUUGCUUGAUUUUGUUUACUGAACUUCCAUGAACUUUUU